CUAAUUUUCUGUGUUUUGUUCAUCACCGGCGUCUCAAGUCUCUACGCCGGACCGGAACCCGACAUCAAUCUUCACUCUUCCAUCACCCUUCAGGAUUCAAGAUGGUGUCAGACGCUAGCAAGAAGAAGGCGGCGCAGAAAAAGGCGGCUGCCGCGGCCAAAAGAGGGGGGAAAGCAGUGGCGGCGGCUUCUGCUGCUUCUUCCAAGGCUGCUGCCGCUUCGGCAGAUUCCCAGAACGGAGUGGAUAAGUUGUCCGACGGAGUUGGGAGCCUCCAGAUAUCUGAUCGGACUUGCACCGGUGUACUGUGCUCGCAUCCUCUUUCUAGAGAUAUUCGCUUAGAGUCCCUGUCAGUUACAUUCCAUGGGCAUGACCUCAUCGUUGAUUCUGUGCUGGAGCUUAAUUACGGAAGGCGUUAUGGCUUGCUUGGAUUGAAUGGUUGUGGUAAAUCAACCCUGCUUACCGCAAUAGGAUUGCGUGAGCUCCCAAUUCCUGAGCACAUGGAUAUCUAUCAUCUCACUAGGGAGAUUGAAGCUUCUGACAUGUCUGCAUUGGAGGCUGUCAUAAGUUGUGAUGAGGAGAGGUUGAAGUUGGAGAAAGAAGCUGAAGCAUUGGCUGGACAGGAUGAUGGUGGUGGAGAACCACUUGAACGAAUCUAUGAGAGAUUGGAAGCUAUUGAUGCAUCAACUGCAGAGAAACGUGCAGCUGAAAUUUUGUAUGGUCUUGGUUUCAACAAGAAGAUGCAGGCUAAGAAAACCCGGGACUUCUCCGGUGGCUGGAGAAUGAGGAUAGCAUUAGCUCGGGCGUUAUUUAUGAAUCCCACCAUCCUGCUUCUUGAUGAACCCACAAAUCAUUUAGAUUUGGAAGCAUGUGUCUGGUUGGAAGAGAACUUAAAGAAAUUUGAUCGCAUCCUUGUUGUGGUAUCACAUUCCCAGGACUUCCUAAAUGGAGUGUGCACAAACAUUAUCCACAUGCAAAACAAAAAAUUAAAGCUCUACACUGGAAACUAUGAUCAGUAUGUUCAGACCCGUGCUGAACUGGAAGAGAACCAGAUGAAACAGUACAAGUGGGAGCAGGAGCAGAUUGCUUCCAUGAAGGAGUACAUUGCUCGCUUUGGUCAUGGGUCAGCAAAACUAGCCCGCCAGGCCCAGAGCAAGGAAAAAACACUUGCAAAGAUGGAGCGAGGUGGCCUUACAGAAAAAGUGGUAAAAGAUAAGGUCUUAGUGUUCUGUUUUGUUGAUGUGGGAAAACUUCCUCCACCGGUGCUGCAGUUUGUGGAAGUUACAUUCGGGUACACACCUGAUAAUCUCAUUUACAAGAACCUUGAUUUUGGGGUGGACUUGGACUCCAGGAUAGCUCUGGUUGGACCCAAUGGUGCUGGGAAGAGUACCCUGCUGAAGCUGAUGACAGGGGACUUGGUUCCUCUUGAUGGCAUGGUACGGCGACAUAAUCAUCUUCGAAUUGCACAGUUUCAUCAGCACCUGGCUGAGAAACUUGACCUUGAAUUGUCUGCUCUCCAGUACAUGAUUAAAGAGUAUCCAGGGAAUGAGGAGGAGAAAAUGAGAGCUGCAAUUGGGAAGUUUGGCUUGUCAGGCAAAGCACAGGUGAUGCCAAUGAAGAAUCUUUCAGAUGGGCAGAGGAGCCGAGUCAUUUUUGCUUGGUUAGCAUAUAGGCAACCCCAUUUGCUGCUCUUGGAUGAACCAACAAACCACUUGGAUAUUGAGACAAUUGACUCACUGGCUGAGGCAUUGAAUGAAUGGGAUGGGGGGCUGGUUCUUGUUAGCCAUGAUUUCAGGCUCAUAAACCAGGUAGCUGAGGAGAUUUGGGUGUGUGAAAAUCAAACGGUCACCCGUUGGGAGGGUGAUAUUAUGGACUUCAAAGAGCAUCUCAAGAGGAAAGCCGGUUUAUCUGACUGAAGCAGUCAAUCCCAUUGGUUAUGAAGCUUUAUUUCAUCGAUAUAUUUAUAUAUGUAGUCUGAUCAUAUGAUUGUAUUGCCAUCAACAUCAGGGGAUUACCUCUACUGGAUGUGUAAUUUCCCAGGUGGAUUAUGACGAAAGUGAUAAGACAGAGGACACGAUGGCUUUAUUAUUGCUUCAAGCCAUCAGGUUUGACAUCCUUUGCCAGGUUUUUAGCGGAUAUUUUGUUUCUGUCGAUUCUACUCGUCAGUCUAUUAAGGGGAUUUAGCAGAAUAUUAUUAGCUACUGUGGAGUUACUUGUUCUUGUCUUUAUGUACUCAUCAUAUUUUGUACUUGAUAUUAUGUUAACAUCUUAAUUCCAUAAUCAGUUCAUU